UCUGUGUGUCUGUGUGUCUGUGUGUGCGAGUGUCCGUGUGUCCGUGUGUCCGACUGUCCGUGUGUCCGUGUGUCCGACUGUCCGUGUGUCCGUGUGUCCGUGUGUCCGUGUGUCUGUGUGUCUGUGUGUGCGAGUGUCCGUGUGUCCGAGUGUCCGUGUGUCCGUGUGUCUGUGUGUCUGUGUGUGCGAGUGUCCGUGUGUCCGUGUGUCCGUGUGUCUGUGUGUCUGUGUGUCCGUGUGUCCGUGUGUCCGUGUGUCUGUGUGUCUGUGUGUGCGAGUGUCCGUGUGUCCGAGUGUCCUUGUGCCCGUGUGUCCGACUGUCCGAGUGCCUGUGUGUCCGUGUGUCCGAGUGUCCGAGUGUCCGUGUGUCUGUGUGUCCGUGUGUCCGGCGGUGCCGCUCUGCCCCCUCCCCGCAGCCCCGUCCCGCUCGGGCUCCAUCCCCCGCCGCUCCCGGAGCGCUGCUCCGGCUGCCCAAACUCUCUUUGCCCUCUCUCCAAACAAAGUUCCAAGAGUCCUGCGAAAGCCAGCGAUGAUCGCCCGUGGCCGUUCUGGGCUCUGCCUCGCUCUCUGCACCUUUGGGCUGGCGCUGCUGGGGGAUGUGUCCCGGGCUGUGCUCGUGGACGAUCAGGAUUAUUACCUGCAGGAAAUUACCAACAGGGAUCAUUAUUACUCCUUUCCGUAUCCUGGGGAAGAGUUCUUUCCUUUCACGGAGCAACCCGGAGAGGAAGGACCUAUCCGUGCUGCUGAGACAGAGGAGCACCCAGGGUUCAAACCGAGCAGGAAGGAGUUAAAACAGAAGAAAAACAACAAAAAAGGAAAAUCCAUUCUUGAAACGCCACCAGAUUGCCCUCCACUUGGUCUGGAGACAUUAAAAAUUACUGACUUCCAGCUCCAUGCCUCCACAGCAAAGCGCUACGGCCUCGGGGCCCACCGAGGAAGGCUCAAUAUUCAGGCAGGUGUUAACGAAAAUGAUUUUUAUGAUGGUGCUUGGUGUGCAGGAAGAAAUGACCCCUACCAGUGGAUUGAAGUAGAUGCUCGAAGGCUGACAAAAUUCACUGGAGUCAUCACACAGGGAAGAAACUCCCUCUGGUCGAGUAACUGGGUGACCUCUUACAGAGUGUUGGUGAGCAAUGACAGCCACGCGUGGACUGCUGUCAGAAACGAAUCUGGAGAUGUGAUUUUUGAAGGGAACAGCGAGAAGGAGAUCCCAGUGCUGAACAUGCUGCCGGUGCCGCUGGUGGCGCGUUACAUCCGCAUCAACCCCCGCUCCUGGUUCCAGGAGGGCAGCAUCUGCAUGAGACUGGAAAUCCUGGGCUGCCCCUUGCCAGACCCAAACAAUUAUUACCACAGAAGAAAUGAAAUGACAACCACUGAUAAUCUGGACUUUAAGCAUCACAACUACAAGGAGAUGAGGCAGCUGAUGAAAACUGUGAAUAAAAUGUGCCCAAAUAUCACAAGAAUUUACAAUAUUGGAAAAAGCAACCAAGGACUGAAGCUGUAUGCAGUCGAGAUUUCUGACAAUCCAGGAGAACACGAAGUUGGGGAGCCAGAAUUCCACUACAUUGCAGGAGCUCAUGGGAAUGAAGUGCUUGGACGAGAGCUAAUCCUUCUGCUAAUGCAGUUCAUGUGCCAGGAAUACCUGGCUGGGAACCCACGCAUUGUGCACCUCAUCCAGGACACCAGGAUCCACCUGCUGCCCUCAGUGAACCCUGAUGGAUAUGACAAGGCCUAUAAAGCGGGUUCAGAACUGGGGGGCUGGUCUCUAGGACGAUGGACUCAGGACGGCAUUGACAUCAACAAUAACUUCCCUGACUUAAACUCUCUGCUCUGGGAGUCAGAAGAUCAGAAGAAGAGUAAAAGAAAAGUUCCAAACCAUCACAUCCCAAUCCCUGACUGGUACCUGUCCGAAAAUGCCACUGUGGCGGUGGAGACACGGGCGAUCAUCGCGUGGAUGGAAAAAAUCCCUUUUGUGCUGGGUGGCAACUUGCAGGGGGGAGAGCUGGUGGUGGCCUAUCCCUACGACAUGGUGAGAUCCAUGUGGAAAACCCAGGAUUACACGCCCACCCCGGACGACCACGUGUUCCGCUGGCUGGCCUAUUCCUACGCCUCCACGCACCGCCUGAUGACGGAUGCCAGGAGGAGAGCCUGCCACACUGAGGACUUCCAGAAGGAGGAUGGCACUGUGAACGGAGCCUCGUGGCACACCGUGGCUGGAAGCAUCAAUGACUUCAGCUACCUGCACACGAACUGCUUUGAGCUCUCCAUCUAUGUUGGCUGUGACAAAUAUCCCCACGAGAGCGAGCUGCCAGAGGAGUGGGAAAACAACCGCGAGUCCCUGAUUGUGUUUAUGGAACAGGUCCAUCGUGGCAUCAAAGGCAUUGUGAAAGAUGUGCAUGGAAAGGGAAUCCCAAAUGCUGUUAUUUCAGUGGAAGGUGUUAACCAUGAUAUUCGCACAGGAGCUGACGGGGAUUACUGGCGUCUCCUCAACCCGGGCGAGUACGUGGUGGGCGUCAAGGCCGAGGGCUACACCGCCGCCACCAAGACCUGCGAGGUGGGCUACGACAUGGGGGCCACCCAAUGCGACUUCACCAUCUCCAAGACCAACCUGGCGAGGAUCAAGGAGAUCAUGAGGAAGUUUGGGAAGCAGCCCCUCAGCCUGUCGGCGCGCCGGCUGCGGCAGCGGGCGCGGCGGUGGCAGCGGCGAUAGAGCUCGGCGCCAGCUCUGCUUCUCUCAGCCUGGCCGUAGUCGUAGUGAGAGUUACGUAGCCCAUCUCUUCAUGCCUUUUUCUCUGCACGAGGCCUUUCUGUUUGUGGAGCUGGAUGGAUGCUCGGUGGGGGGGUUCUCAUUUUUGGUGGGAAAAGAAUCGGAAGUGAAGUUCAAGUUGAACCAAAAGGAGCUCCCCGUUGAGGGGAGAGACAGGGAGAAUGGAGGAAGGUGUUUUGAGUUGAGCUGGAAUGAAAUGUUUUCCUUGUUGGGUUGUUUAAUCCUUUGUCAAUCUGUUUUCUUUAAAAAUUGAAGAGAGAGGAUAAAAAACAACAGCAACAAAAAAGAGAUAUUCACAAAGGAGAAGUGUUCUGAAUGAAAAAUUGAAAGACUUAUCUAAAGUAUGAAAUUGGUAUAUUUUUGCAACUCAGAAAAGUUUUGACACUCUUUAUAUUCUAUUCUCAUAUGGGAGGAAAAGCUGAGGGGUGACAACUUCUUUUUAAUGUGAUUAAAGCUUUUGUCAAAAUUUCUCUCUUUCUCUGAAAGUUCCCCUUUUGAUAAGCACUAUAUUUCAGGAAAAAAGCCUGCAGCGAAUAACCCACCUUUGCUUUCCUGCUUGGGCUGUUUAGAUUUAAGGAUGCUUUGUGCUGCCAGAGUUUAAUGCCAGGAGUGUUUUCUUCUCUGGCUUUUUAAGGCUGCAGUUUUGCUCCAUGAACUAAACCUGACAAAAAGGUUUUGGGAUCAGGACCACUCCAGCACUGUGGCGUGGCAGUUCUUCCCUGAUGUGAGAGAAGGAUCUGAACAAAGCUUUUCCUGAGGAUAGAGCCAGGUGUGUCAUGUAUGAGAGGAGAGGCUUAGCCACUGAGAGGUGCUUAAUUCACAAAUCCUCUGAUACCAUCUCUUUUCUUAAUUCUUGGCCUGACUUGAAGUGCCUUUUGUGCUCCUGCACAUCUCAUGCCACUGUUUUCUGUGACAUGCAAGGGGUUCUGGGUUCCUCUGCAGGUCUGCUCCUCUUGCUGCUGCUUUUUUGGCCUUAUGCCUCUUUGGGAGCAGGAGUUGUGCUUUAUUGUUGGCUUUUGAGUAGUAAAAUUGUACAGCAGGACAGGAUUGAGGUUCAGGAAAGGUGCAGAGCACAUCUAGGAAAGAAUCAACACUGGGCAAAGUGCCAGCUGAUGAAAAUACGACUUUGCUCCAUCAGCUUUAAUGUUAUGGCCUAAAUUAUACCUAAAAAAAAAAAAAAAAAGAGUCAGCUGCAUUAUUAUUUUAGCCAGUCUAUGGCUAAAUAAACAUCUCUUAACAUGCUUGGUAGCAGACUGCAGCUUACUCUUCCAAAUACAAUUCUGUUUUAAACAUUUUGAUUGCUAUUUACAGUUUUUGCCAGUUUGAUAGGAUUCUUGGAAAGGACGUUCAGCAAAAUGUCAUUGAAACUGAGGAAAAAAUAAAGCAUGAGCAGAAAAGUUACUGUAAAAAUACCAUGUGCCAUCUGUAUUAAUUAUUUUUUUUAUUGUCAAGGAAUGAAGGAAACACCUAAAAGUUGAAAGACUGCAGAAUGAAAAACAUAAUCUAGAGCCAUUGCACAGUAAAUAAUCAUGUUCCUACAUUUCUUAGGCAAUUUCAGCCCUUCCUUGUUCUGCAGAUAUCAUUAAAUAACAGCAAAGGCUCCAAUAAAACACAAGAGUGCAAUUUUAAUUCUCUGUGACUGAAAUUAUGGAACACCUCCAAGUCAGUAUCAUUUCAAUUAAGUAACAGAAGUAAACAACUCAUCCAAUCAUUCCAUCAUGUGGAAUUGUAUUUUACUAAUUUCACCCUCUUUGCACCCUUACAGCAUCCUGUAUGCCAUAUAUUUCUGUAUAGCAAAUACAACUGCAGUUUGUCAAGAAGGGAUAUUUUUUUCUUGAGAGGUGGGAAGGGAUUAAUGAUGUCUUUGUGCAGGUAACAAAGUGAAAUCAUUUUGGAAUAUGGAGUAAUGACAGCAGACAAUUUGUUUGCAGAUAAAUUUGAUGUGUUCACUGGCAGAUGUAGAUUUUAUGACCAUCAUGAUAUAUCAAGAGCACACAAGAUUUUUUGGGUUAAGAAUGGAGUUUUGUGGGUGGAUUCUCUCUGGAUUCCCACAAAGUCAACUUUGUGGGUAGUUGGAAUGCACUGGCAAAAGUGGAACAAAAUAGCCAAAUUCAAAUGGGAUUGAAGGUGGAAACCACUGCUUUAGUCCUGGCAGGUGAGGUCUUUCUACCUUGAGAUAAUGAUGUGAGAGUUUAACUUUACAAACCUUGAGGUUCCUGUGCUUUGUUCUCAGAACUGAGGUUCUUCCUAUGAGAAAUUCUUUUUCAUUUGAUAACCUGAAAUGGAUUUGAUGGGGAAUUCUUGGACAUGUGUUGGCUAAGACUGGAUGGACUCUGAUUGCUGAAGGCCUCAGGUGCUGGGGACAGUGGCUUUGGUGUUCUUUCCUGGCUGUCACUAGUGCUUACACGAGUUUGGGCACAGCAGAACUGGGACUAAUGCAGGUGACCUUACUCCAUUUUAGUCCAGGCAUUCCUAAAUAAAUGGCCUAAUAGCUGUCAA